UCGAAUUCACUAACACGCUACGCAAGGGAACGAAGCUGUGGUUGUUGCACGUCGGCAACAUGGUGGCCGAUGAAGCUUUCUUCAUUACAGGCGCCAGUGCAUCCACGGCCAGCAACCCCAACCCAGAAAAUGCUCGGCGUUCUCUAGUCAUGAUCUCGGUUCUCAUCUACCAUCCCGAAGAAGGUUUGAUUCUCUUUGAGACCGGCGCUGGAAAAGACUACCCCAAGGUCUGGGGACCACAGCUCGUGGAUCUGUUUGCCAGAGAAGGCUACACCGAAGACAUGGAGUUGGAUGCCCAGAUCAAAUUGACAGGCAACGAUAUCAAGGAUGUCAAAGCCGUCAUCAUUGGUCAUCUGCAUAUCGAUCACGCUGGCGGCCUCGAGCACUUCCGCAACACCGACGUACCCAUCUACACCCAUGAGCUGGAACUCAAGCAUGCGUUUUACAGUGUGGCGAGCAAGACCGAUCUAGGCGCCAGUCUUGGUUUUGCCAGAGGCAUCUUCCUACACCAUUGUCCCGGCCACACGCCUGGUCUAUGCAUCGCGCAAAUCAAUCUGAAAGACAGCGGUACCUGGGUCCUCACGUCAGAUCAAUACGUUGUUCAAGAAAAUUACGACUCAUUAGCCCCACAGGGAUGGCUGACCCGGGAUCAUCACUCAUGGUCGCAGUCCAACCAGAUGAUACACUUCUUACAGAAAACCACAGGAGCCAAAUUGAUCUUCGGACACGAUAGAGAGGUUUUGAUGCGGUACAAGUUGGCCCCAAGCUACUACGCU